GUUGGAGCAGUCCUGCACAGUUGUGAUGUGUAAGUUAUUGGAUUACAUGCAGGUCGUCUCCAUUAGCUGUCCAUCGCAAAAGACAAUUCCACUGCUUGAAUGGUGAGGAGUAACUCGUAGAAUCAAUUUCUCAGAGGAGGAUGUCUGUGUCGGGGAAGAAGGAAUUUGAUGUGAAGCAGAUCCUCAGGCUCCGCUGGCGUUGGUUCAGCCAUUCAUCCCAAGGUUCGGCCGGCAGUGGAGGCGGCGGCGUUGGAGGGGUGGGAGGCUACAUCCAGCAGGAUGGCCUGGACCACAGAGUGACGCCUGUCCAGGGCCGGCUGAAGAGUCACUCGCGGGAAAGAGGCGUCGGAGGACUCCGCAAAACUAACAGCCCAGUGCACAGCAUCUUGGCACCGACGCCGGGGCCCACACCUGUCUAUGUCAGAGCGGGUCAUCAAUCAUGGCAGCAUCAGCAGAACACCAUCCAGGGUCUCCAGGUCAACGAGGAAUCUCCAAAGAGCAGUUCCUCGCCCAGCGCCACAAGGAAAGAGGACACCAACACGGGCCAGGAAGAUGUGAAGAACAGCACCGAGGAACCUGCAGAGAUGGAGGCCAGAGAGAGGUUGGCUCUGAGCACCUUCUCCAGAAUGAACACCAACUCCUCCGAUGAGUUUUUUCAGGCCACGAAUCAUGCAGAACAAACUUUCCGCAAGAUGGAGACCUACCUCCAGCACAAGCAGCUGUGUGACGUCCUCUUGAUAGCGGGGGAUCACAAGAUACCAGCUCACAGACUGGUCCUGAGCGCCGUGUCGGACUACUUCGCCGCAAUGUUCACCAGCGACGUGAGAGAGGCGAAGCAGGAGGAGAUCAAGAUGGAGGGAGUCGAUCCAGAGGCCCUCAGAUCCCUGGUUCAUUUUGCCUACACCGGUGUCCUUGAGCUGAAAGAGGAGACCAUCGAGAGUUUAUUGGCUGCAGCCUGCCUCCUCCAGCUUUCACAAGUCAUCCAGGUUUGCUGUAACUUCCUGAUGAAACAGCUUCACCCCUCCAAUUGCCUGGGAAUACGCUCCUUUGCAGACGCCCAAGGCUGCGUGGAUCUGCUCAAUGUGGCUCAUAACUACACCAUGGAACACUUCCUGGAGGUCAUUCAGAACCAGGAGUUCCUGCUGCUCCCCACGGCUGAGAUCGUUAAGCUGCUCUCCAGCGAUGACAUCAACGUGCCCGAUGAGGAAACCAUCUUCCAGGCUUUGAUGAUGUGGGUGCGCUAUGAUGUCCAGCAUCGACAGCAGGACCUCGGGGUGCUUCUCGCCUUCAUCCGCCUGCCUCUGCUUCCUCCACAGCUCCUCGCUGAUCUGGAAAACAACAAGAUGUUCUCUGAUGAUCUGGAAUGCCAAAAGCUGCUGAUGGAGGCCAUGAAGUACCAUCUUCUGCCUGAGAGACGUCCCAUGUUUCAGAGCCCGAGAACCAAACCCAGAAAGUCCACUGUGGGUGCACUUUAUGCUGUAGGAGGCAUGGAUGCCACCAAAGGCUCCACCACCAUAGAGAAGUACGACCUGCGCACCAACACUUGGGUCCAGGUUGGAGUGAUGAACGGACGGCGGCUGCAGUUUGGCGUGGCGGUGAUAGACAACAAGCUGUACGUGGUCGGAGGGAGGGAUGGACUCAAGACGUCCAACAUGGUGGAGUGUUACAACCCGAUCAAUAAAGUGUGGUCCACCAUGCCCCCCAUGUCAACACACAGGCACGGACUUGGUAUUGCUGUGCUGGAGGGCCCUAUGUAUGCCGUGGGAGGCCACGACGGCUGGAGCUAUCUGAACACAGUGGAGCGCUGGGACCCGCAGGCCAGACAGUGGAACUACGUGGCCAGUAUGUCGACACCACGGAGCACCAUGGGGGUCACAGCGCUCAAUGGAAAAUUGUUUGCAGUCGGUGGUCGAGACGGCAGCUCGUGUCUGAGGUCGAUGGAGUGCUUCGAUCCGCACACCAACAAGUGGAGCAUGUGUGCUCCCAUGGCUAAGAGGCGAGGAGGGGUGGGUGUGGCGACGUACAACAACUUCCUGUAUGCUGUGGGUGGGCACGACGCCCCCGCUUCCAACCACUGCUCUAGACUCUCCGACUGCGUGGAGAGGUAUGACCCAAAGACCGACACGUGGACAACUGUGUCCUCCCUCAGUGUCCCCCGGGACGCGGUGGGUGUUUGCCUGCUGGGUGACAGGCUUUAUGCUGUGGGCGGAUAUGACGGCCAGUCAUACCUGAACACUGUUGAGUCCUACGAUGCACAGAACAAUGAGUGGACUGAGGAGGUCCCUCUCAACAUUGGCAGGGCAGGCGCCUGCGUGGUGGUGGUGAAAUUGCCUUGAGCGCUUUGUCUCACGACAGCACGGGAAACAAAUGAGAGAGCAGCGAAGAAGAGCGGACAAACAAAACAAGAGAUCAAGGACACAUCCUUCGAGAGUCAUGUUUCCUUUUUUUUUUUUUUGUUUUUUUUCCCUUUAACUCGGCUCUCCAGAUUUUUCAGAGGGAACCGCAGACGGAGCCUUGCCCGUAAACCAUUGUUUCUAUCAUUAGUGGACAUGUCUGCCCACUGGGGAAGACUGCACAUUCUCCACAUUCUCAACCGAUCAAGAAUUUUCAUAGACUUGGCUAAGCUGUAGCAAGAGCCGAGCCUUUGUUGUUCUGGUUUGUUGAACUAGUUUUAUGAAAAGUUGAGUGUACAGUCUGUCUGUAAGAUUAAAUGUAAAAGUUACAUUUUGAUUAAACACCCAGCAGGUAGAUCUACAUCUACACAGAGACUUUUCUUAUCAGUGCCAUCACACAGUCUAUUUUGGAGUUUAUACUUCACUUUAUAGCCACUCAUAUGACAAUAAUUGCAAUCCAUUAAUGUCACCAUGUUCCAGUGUCUUCCCUCAGUGGGUGGUCCAAACAGACGACGUAAAGGCGAGACCACUGUGAGCACUGAGGGUGAUGAGCUUGUCAAGGUGUGAAGAAUAGGAAUGAAAUCGAACUUUUUGCUGAAUAAUAUAUUUGGACAUUUUCUUCAGUUCUUUUUUUUUUAUUGAGCCUGUAGCUACAGAACACCAAAGUCAUUUGCUUGUCUUAGAAGUCUUGUUACACAUUCAAUACAAGUUUACAAAGUUGUGAAUUACAGAAAAUAUAUCAUAUUGAUAUUUCACAUUGCUGUACAGAUUUUUUUGUGAACUUUCAGAAACCACAUUCGUGCUGACAGAAUCACGCCUAAGCCAGUGCACUCUGCAGUUAUCGUCAUUCUUUGGUCUUCACUUCUGGGCAUGCUGAGAGAACGUUUUAUUUGAUUUAUACAAUAUGAUGUAUCAAGAUCACUCUUCUGUAUUUUUAAGGAUUUUAUGCCUUUUUAGGUCAUGUAGGUGAUCUUAUUCGCAACACGACCAUCGGAUUAACACAAAAGCGGCAGCAAACUGUUGCUGAGUGGCACCGAGUGCGGCCGAAAGCAGCUGCCCGAGUCUGAGAGGGAAUUUCAAACGCUGUUUCAGGCGCGCUGCGCUCGGAAACCUGAUUUUCACUGAUGUGAUUUUGAUUAGAAUUUUUAGAUUUGUAGGUGGUGCCGCUCAUAAAAGCGAAACAUUACUAACUUUAUCACAACGAGAACAAUUUGUAACUGGAAUUAUAUCUUGUUUUUGGGGCCAAAUGUUACUUUUUAUGCUUUUAUCAUAAUUUUGUACAGCAUGCAAUCCUAUAAAUAAAAUGACUUCAGUCUUCUCUGCACGUUCAAAUCCAUGUUUCUAGCUGAAUGUGGCUCCUCAGCGGACAGAUC